AGUCACAUGACUUACAUUUGUACACAUCAACAACAACAUUAAUUCAUGAUCAUGAACAAAUUACAAGUACAACUUAAGUGACACCAUGGAGCUUACCACUUUGAAAGUGAUAAUUAUUUUUGGACUGUUCAUUACCACAUUACUUUUGGGAUUUUUCCCAAUAAAAUUAGUCGCAUACAUCAAGAAGAAAAAUUCCAAUAGAAUACGAUACAGACGGGCAAUAAGUAUUUUGAGUUGUUAUGCGGCAGGUGUGUUUCUUGGAACAUGUUUACUGGAUUUACUCCCGAGUGUCAGGAGGGACCUAGAAACUAUACUCAGAAAAUUGCAUCUUUUAUCUGGAUUUCCUGUGUCCGAAUUCGUAAUGGUAUUUGGGUUGUUCUUAAUUCUAGUUGUUGAACAAAUCAUUCUUUCUUGGAAAGAAAAUCAGCAAAAUUCGUCAUUUCUAACAACUGGUAAGGACAAUAGUCGAAAAUCAUUGCUGUCUGAUACAGAUGACAGAGAUUUUAUGAGCUCUACACGAUCUGAUCUAAGUGAACAUUCAAUUGGUGGAAUUAGCGAUGAACCUUAUGGACACAAGGAACUGUCAACUUGUUCUCACGUACAUGUUUCGGGGGAUGUUUAUAGCGACACAGAACAGGAACCACUUUAUUCUAAACAAAGGACUGAAAAAGGGAACAAAAACCAAUUUGAACACAACCAUUCUACUCUACGUUCUAUUUUAUUGCUAAUAGCUUUGUCUUUACACUCUGUUUUCGAAGGACUUGCAGUAGGAUUGCAAAGAAAAUCUGCUCAAGUCCUUGGAGUAUUUGCUGGACUUUUUCUACACAAGAUGGUGCUUAGCUUCAGUCUGGGAAUGAGCUUGGUUCAAAGCAAACUAUCAUAUAAAUCAAUGUUGCAAUCUGUUACAAUAUUUUCUUUGUCUUCACCAUUUGGUAUCGCUCUGGGCUUACUGAUCAUAGACUUGUGGGAUUCAAGGAUAUCUGUAUUAAUUCAAGGAUUGUUGCAAGGGAUUGCAUGUGGUACUUUUCUGUAUGUAACUUUUUUUGAAAUUUUGCCACAUGAACUAAAUUCCAGUGAUAUUAGACUAAUCAAGGUAGUAUUUUUAAUUCUUGGAUUCAGCACAGUGACUGCAGUGGUGUUUAUUAAUGAGAAAUCAUAAAAACAUGUAAAUAACAGUAAAUAUAUUAUAUUUUAGUAUUAAUAUUUAUAUCUUUAUUGUCAUAUAAACAUAUUCAGUUUGUGACAAAAAACAAAAACAAAUAUAAUAUAUUUUUUUAGUUUUUGGGGAUAAAGAUUGCAUGAAAUGCAACCAAACCCCUUUUGCUAUUGGCAUGGCUUGAUAUAUCUUCCAGGGUUUAUCACUUGCUUUGAUAGUUAAAACAAAAUACAUUUAGUACAGUGAGGAGAAAAUUCUUUAGAUCUUAUCCAGUCAAUGUCAUUCAAUUUAUUAAUGAUAUAUAUAUAUGUUAUACUCAGAUAUUUACAAUGAAUAUAAUGUAUAUUUGAAUAACCAAAUUUAUAGAGAAAACUUUGUAUUUACCGCCGGCAUGGUCAAUACUAGUAUUGACCGCUUUUUUGCCAACCUUGACUCCAACACAAAUAUAAUUUAUAUAUAAAUUGCCUGCAUUGUACAUGUUGUACCUAAAACAAUUCGAUGUUCUAUUUUAAAUUCAUAUUGCAAAAUAAAAGCAAUCCUUACCCUUCAGUGUUCACAAACAGUUUGAUCUCCAGUAACCACAGGAAAACUUAAGCCAAAAAAACUGUUACCACAGGAAAACGUAGGCCAAAAAAACUGUUUCCAGUAUCCAUGCAGAAAAAAUAGGGUACAUGUACAUGUAUGUAAAAAGAAUUUAAAUGUCGUCCAUGUAGACUGUGUCACUGUGUAGGAAAAUGUUGUUGACUUGAAUGGAUGGGGUAGGCUUGAAAAUUUGAGGAGGGACAGCAAACAAAACAUAUCUCCACAGUAUUUUUGUUUUACUGACAACAGACACAACAUGCACCAAAAGAAAAUAACAAAACCCUUCCGGGCCUUUUGAAUAUCCUGUUACAUUUUGUACUUUCAAUUAGAAGGUCUAAACAGUGUCAGACAUAACUCUUAAGUUGUUUUUUUAGUUUAAUGUAUCAUGUGUAUCAUUUACAAACAUGUGGGUUUAGGCCUUUAGGGUUUGGAUAAGGUUUCCUGGGUGUUGGGUAAUUUUCUGUUACGGUCACAGGGUUUAUACAUGUACAUGUAUGGAGGCUUUGCAUUUGGUAAAGUUAAGUUACAAUAAUGUACAUGUACAUGUAAGCUGUGGCUAUAUAAUAGUUUUAUCUAAAAUGUAUGGCUUUGUUUAUUGAUCAGGGUAAUUGAUUGAUUGAUUGUUGGUGUUUAAUGCUGCUUUCAGUACUGUUGACUAUAUAGUGGCAGCUAGUUUUAUUUAUUGACGGAGGAAGCCAGAGUCCAGAGGCGGAUUUAGAGGGUUUUUCAGGGGGCCCGCCCCCCCCCCCCUUUUGUUGAAAAAAUUUGGUUGAUUAUAUAAGGAAUCACUGAAGCAUGACUGGAGUGGGCCCCUCUUAAGCAGUCAGUGGGCCCCCUCUUAUGAAAAUUUCUAGAUCCGCCACUGGAGUCCACAUAGAGAACCACCAACCUAAAGUAAACUAAAUAAGCUAAGACCUGCAUUUAAAUGAGCAUUUUGGACUUUCUUUUGUUUUUUGUCAUGUUUGUCCAUGUACAUGUAUGACUUAUUAAAUUAAUCAUACUAUUCCA